AGUACUUCCGCGACGGUCGGAUCGGCGAGCGGGCGGCGGUGGCCGCGCAGGUGAUGUUGUAGUCAUGUCAGAUAAGGAUGCUACAGAGUCUCCAGUGGUAACCGAAGCAGCCUCGAUCCUUAAAGAUGAGAACUGUGAGCCAGUGGAGAAGCCAGAGAAUAAGUCUCAGCCUGUAGUAUCUACCCGGAAAAGACCAGAGACCAAACCUUCCAGUGACCUUGAGGCUUCUGAACUUCUUCCUGCUCAGGUUUCACAGGCUAUAGCCAAAGAGACAGCUUCUAAAGAUGCACCUCAGACUGGAUGGGGUUAUUGGGGCAGCUGGGGCAAGUCUCUACUCUCCUCAGCUUCAGCUACGGUAGCUACAGUAGGACAAGGUAUUUCAACUGUCAUUGAGAAGGCUGAGACAUCUCUUGGGAUUCCUAGCCCCACUGAAAUUUCAGCUGAAGUCAAGCAAGCAGCAGGAGAAACGAAUGCUGGUGAGAAUGGAAGCUUACUAGUGACUGGGCCAUUUGGGAUGCUCUCGACCAUCUCAACAGCUGUGCAGAGCACGGGCAAGAGUGUUAUCAGUGGGGGUUUGGAUGCCUUGGAAUUCAUUGGGAAGAAGACAAUGGAUGUCAUAGCAGAAGGAGAUCCUGGAUUUAAAAGAACCAAGGGCCUGAUGAACCGGAAUUCUACACUGUCACAGGUUUUACGAGAGGCAAAGGAUAAAGAAGAACAGUGGCCUUCCAGUGAGGUAACCAUGGAAACAGACAAGAAAACUCAUUAUGGGCUACUCUUUGAUGAGUUUCAAGGCCUUUCACAUCUAGAAGCUCUGGAGAUGCUUUCCCGAGAAAGUGAAAUAAAGGUGAAAUCUAUCCUUAGUUCUCUGAGUGGAGAAGAACUCCAGACAACCAGACUUGAGCUAGAGCAGCUCAAAGAAGCAUUUUCCCUAGCAGAGUUCUGUGAGGAAGAGGAGGAGGAGAGACAAGGAGAUGACGAGUUUACCAAGGAGAUAACAGAACUGUUUGCUCAGCUUCACGUCUCUUCCCGACCAGAGAAACUGGCCAAGGCAAGAAAUACAGCCUACGAAUGGAUCAGGACAUCUCUGGCUAAUCCAGUAGCAGAGAAAGAAGAAGGAGAACAACAGUUGGAGGCAAAAAAUACUAAGGAAGCCCAGAAACAUUCAAUAGAGGAUAUCCAUGCAUUUGCAAUCCGGAGCUUAGCAGAGUUCACUGCCUGCUCAAUUGAGUUGUUCCACAAAACAGCAGCACUGAUUCUGCAUGGCCAGAGACAGGAGGUGACAGCUUUAGAGAGGAGCCAGACUCUCUCCCAAAUGACAGUCAUGCUGUGUAAAGACCUGGCCUCUCUGUCUAAAGAGUUCACCACCUGCCUGACCACAGCUGGGGUCAGAGAGAAGGCUGAUGUUCUUAAUCCACUAAUCACUGCAGUGUUUCUGGAGGCCUCAAACAGUGCCUCCUACAUUCAAGAUGCCUUCCAGCUCCUCCUGCCCGUGCUGCAGAUCUCUCUCGUCGAGAGCAAGACAGAGUCACCCAGGUGUGAGCUAUCAGCCCAGAGACCUCUGACAGAGCACUGAGGAGCAGAGAAGAGUCUGCCUGAGAUCAUGAUAGCCAAGAAAUCUGACUUUGCUCAGGGACACCCUGCAGCCAGAGCGAGACAUAGUACUGAGUGUGAGAGCCUGGGCAGGGCGCAGACUCCCAGGGGUGCUUGCUUCUCGAUGUAGCUGCUGUGCUCGGCUGCUCACACUGCUCUCUCUUCCCAGCCUUAUAAGUAAAACAAAACAAAACAAAACAAAACAAAACAAAACAAAACAAAACAAAACGUAUUCCAGGAAAGUCAGUGGGACAUUCUGGCAAAAAUGCUGGACUUUCUUAGAAAGGUCAGAAAACACUAAAGACUGUCAUGGAUGUCAUUUGUAGCCAGUGGUAAAGUUGUUAAACAGGAGAGAUCAAAACCUCAAUUCGGUAUCCUGGGGUUUAUAACAUUCUUCGUACCCUGGAGUUUGGGUUUUCUCCUUUGCAGAAUAAAGCCUGUGGCUUUUAGAAAACUGAGACUAGAUUAGCCCUAAGUGGGAUGGUCGGACAGAACUGUCUGCCCUUUCACCUCCAGCUGUUUGGCAUGGAGCCACGUGUAUGAACCACAGCAAAGUGCCCUUUGACUUCAAAUGACUCUUUUCCCAGUGAGACCACUGCUCAAUCCAACUCAAGGGCAUGCAGCUGCAUGUCUGCAGGUGCUCUGCGGCUCUCCAGGCUGCAUUGUGCACACCCUGCCUGAGGCUGCAUUCAUGCAGGGUGCAUCCUUCAGCUGCCAACUCCAGAGCCAGAGGAGGCUCUUUUGGUGAUGGGGUUUUGUUGAGUCCUGUGAAGAUGUUCACUUACCACAGGAUUUAGCCGCAGGCGUUUCCCCUCAUUGUUCCUUAGUUUUGAUGUAUCUGUUACUGUGCUUUGAGAAGAGCUCACCUGCCGUCCUGUACUCUGAAGCCUGCCCUGCAGUUCUCAACAGUUAAAAGCUAUUUUGGUAUCUGGGCUUUUUGAAAAUGUUCAUUAACUUUUUGAUUUUUUAGUGGCUCUGGUAACUUUUGGGAGCCCCGUCCUUCAUCUUUGAAACCAUUAAAAUAAAAUAUAAUUAACGUGUGGUAUUUAAGAAAUAUCUAGAAUUAAAAUAUUUUACUUUAA